CUGGCAUAAAUUUCAAAAUGUUGGUUAGUUAUUGUUUGUUUAUGCAAUUACAAUCAAAAUCUAUAGUCAAGUUUUAAAUUAGAAUAAUAUCACAUCAAGCAAAAUGAAUGAAAGAAUACAUUUCGACGUCUGCGGGCAGAUGUACGCAGUUUCCAGGGAAGUUAUUGAAAAUGGACCGCCGUCUCGUCUGACAAGAAGUUUUUGGACUGAAACUUUAGUCUCUAAUUCUGAAUGCAUUGUUAUAAACCGACCACCAGAGAGUUUUACAGCUAUUUUGGCAUUCUAUCAAACAGGAGAAUUACACAUCCCUAUGACGUCAUGUCCGGGCGCAUUCAUUAGGGAGCUGGAGUACUGGGAGAUUUCGCCGAAUGUUUUGACAGAGUGCUGUUACAACAGGUUGAAGAGUUUCUUGGAUGAUCAGGAUACAUUGCGGACAUUUAAUGAAACACUGGCAGAGUCAGCUUCCUCAUUGCCUACAUACCAAUGUAUGUCCGACUGCAGAGCAAAGGUAUGGGAAACAAUCGAAUACACAAAGGCUUCACUUGUCGGAAAAAUAUACUUUGCAGCGACGUUUCUGAUGGUGUUACUGUCUAUAUUUGUGAUGGCAUGUAGUACAGAUCCAAGCUUCCAUAGGACAAUGACUAACUGCGAGCGAUUUCAGCAUGCGUCUUCUUCGUUUUGUGCAAACAUUAAUAUUCCAAAGGAAUCAACAAGUGCUUCUUGGAGAGAAAAAAAAACUAAUUCUUUUUUAAGAUUCGAGCAGCAGGACCAUGAGAAUAGGACUGGAGUAAAUCAUCAUCUUGGGUUCUUGAUCCGCGGAGAACGUGCUGGCUUGAAUACACAUGAUAACAGAACAUUUCCCAACCUAAACGAAGUUCGUGAUGAAUCGCCCGAGGAUGAGUUGCCAACUGACAAACAUUCCGUAAACAACACUGUAGAUACACCUGACAUGGAAAAAGGUAACGGUACAAACGCCAAAAAUGAAACUCUAUUAACGCAAACACCAACAUUCUUUCACAUACAAGAAAUAUUUGAAGAAACAAAACAUGUGAAGGUACCAAAUUAUAAGGUGAAGUUGUUUGUCCUUGUUAUUUUUGAGGGCCUAACGACCAUAUUUUUCACAAUUGACAUUAUUGUAAGGUUGUUUACAUGCCCGUUUCUCAGAGGGUAUUUCCUCUCUGUUAUAAACUGCGCAGAUGCUCUUUCGUUGAUAGGAGCUUAUGCAUAUUUUCUUCUAUAUUAUAUGUACCCUCACCUACGAUACAACCGUUGGAUUGACAAAAUAGCAUAUAUCCAGAUGUUACGCGCACUCCGUUUCUUUCGUAUAGUGUUGAAUGUGCGUGCUGGAAAAGUUCUUGUCUAUGCUGCACGUAAAAAUAUGAAAGACCUUUCUAUUGUGAUCUUGUUCUUAAUAACUGGCAUGUGCACCUUUGCGAGUUGUUUCUAUAUAGCUGAAGAUAGCUCAACAAUUAAAAGCAUUCCAGAUGCUUGGUAUUGGGCAGUUAUUACCAUGACGACGGUUGGAUACGGCGAUAUUCAACCGCAAACUAUGAUCGGAAGAUUAAUCGCUUGUGUUUGUGCCGUUUCUGGAGUGUUAUUGCUAGCAAUGACAGUACCAAUAUUUGCAAAUCAUUUUCUGAUUUUAUAUCAACACGCAGAAUCAGAGAAUAAUGUCAUGAAAUUUCAACGAAGAAGAUCAGGUAAAAAUGAAAAUGAAAGAAUGAAAAUGUUAAGCAAAACAGCGAUGAAGUCAGCGAAGAGAUAAUUGAUUCUCCUUUUUUGAGAAUGUUUAAAGCUAUACACAUAUAAAUUAGAAUAAUUCUUGUUAGAUUUGUGUACCAUUAUUUGCAUUUCAGAAAAUACUGUAUGUUAAUAUUAUACAUUCAUUGAUGGCCACUGAAGUUACAUAAUUUAUAAGAAAAUAUAGAACGAACUGUUCUUUAAAAACAAUUAAUAUUUUAGCAUAUUACUUGUGAAUAAAUGAUGCUCAAAAUUCAGCACGUGAAUAUCCAUUACAACCAUCAUGCUACUGCUUUGGAUUUAUCUUUUAAUAAUUCUAUUGCUGCAUUAUCUUGAGUUGUUUGUCAAGCGCGCUUUUAAUAUCAUAAAUAUGUUCUAAUAAAUAUACCUAUCCGACAACAUUUGCUGCCGGAUAGAUAGUUCUAAGGCGUUGGACUCUUAAGUUUAGUAUUUGCUGAUUGGGUUGCACAGAAUUUGAAGUAUGUUCAUUUUUUCUUUUACAUAUUCUUGAAGUACGAGGUUGAUACAAUAAAAUUGUCAAUGGUUUUCGCAUGCCUAACAUACCGUAUAAAGUGUAUUUUUACACGCUGCUAAUUUUUACCAUUGUUCACGACAAAAUCAGAUUCGUAAAUAU